UCUUGCUGGCGUCAUCUGCGAAGAAGCGGAAAUAAUGCCACCCACCGUCGCAAAUACGCGGUUUCUUAAAACGCCGUGUGGAAACCACCACUAGAUAUUCCCAUAUAAAAAGCAUGAUUUGAUUAUGAAGCCUAAAGUUUUCAAAGUAGGAGGCGGCGAAAUUGGUCCCCGUAUGUGUAAUCAACUUACGGAAGCCCUUGGUUACGAAAUACAGACGAACCGUAAGCCUUUUACCCAAGUCUAUAACCUAUCACAUGACAUGACGGCGAAUUGUAACCUCCAAUAUUGUGCAGGAAGAGGGGAGAAGGGGGUAGAGUAAUAAUCUGCUGGAAGUAGAUAAAUAGGAGGGCCGCCGCCGAGAUGAAGUCCAUAGUUCACGUCAAACUUCCCAAAGUCAAGACACCAACAAGCUCGGAAUCACAACCCCUUUAUCUAUAUAUAUAAACCUACGAAACAAUACCACAAACAAUGGCCAAGUACAACAAGCUCGCCGGCAAGCACGUCCUCGUCAUCGGCGGUAGCAAUGGCAUUGGCCGCGGGGUAGUCGAGGGCUCUAUCGAAGCCGGAGCCCGCGUCACUCUCUCCGGCUCUUCGCCCAAAUCCGCCGCGGCAGCCCUAGCCGAAGUCAAGGCCGCAUACCCUACCGCACAAGUAGCUGGCAUCGCCUGCGACCUAUCUAAGGACUCGGUAGAAGAGGACCUGGAAGCCCUGUUCGUCGAGGCUGAGAAACCGCAGCCCAUCGACCACGUCGUCCUCACGGCAGGAGACCCGCUGCUGGUCGCGGGUGUGCAGGACAUCACGCUGGAGAAGAUCCGACAGGUGGCGCAUUUCCGCAUGGAACUGCCUAUGCUGCUGGGCAAAGUGACCGCGCGCCAUCUCGCUAGGAGUAACGAGUGCAGUCUGACGAUCACCACGGGAGGCAUUGCCGACCAGCCGAGCCCCGGGUGGAGCUUAAUCGCGUUCGUAGGGGCGGGUAUAACGGGGCUCACGCGCAACUUGGCUGUCGAUCUUAAGCCCGUUCGUGUCAACGCCGUAGAACCGGGUUUUGUGAUCACGGGGCUAUGGAAUUCGAUGGGGUUGACGGCCGAGCAGUUGGAGGGCCAAGCUAGGGCUGUUGCGGAGAAGGUUCCGACGGGGAGGGCGGCGACGGUGGAGGAUGUGGCGGAGGCGUAUGUGUAUUUGAUGAAGGAUAGGAAUGCGACGGGGGAGAUUGUGAAGACUAGGAGCGGGAGUCAUUUAGUUUAGAGUGCCGUGCUACAUAUGAGGCUUUCGGGCUUGUCUAAGUGGAAGGGGUGUUGUUAGGGGUGAGGCAUAUUCCAUGCUAUUACCUAUUGCGCCUUAGUUAUUUCUCGAAUGCCUAAGGUGUUGGCUCUAGCUUAUAGCAUCCAUAUUCAACUUCUUUCUGAUCCCCUUACUACUGAUUGAGUUGGCAACAAUGACCUCGGAAUACACAUGUAAAUUUAGAAGAGAGGUAGCAAAGUAGUUAUCAUUCUCCUGAAGUUAGUGGUAUCCUGAUGAUCAGAUUUGCGUUCGGGUAUAGACGUCAGCCUUUCCAGUAACAGUCUCGACAUAGCCCCUUUUCAAGAGGUCUUGAGCAGCAGGACUAAGUGCGCAAUUGUGUCCAUACAAAGGGUCACGGGCAAGAUUUACUUCUUCAUACACCCAAAUAAGGGGAGAAUAAUAGGGUAAAGGAAAUUAUCGACCAGAUCUACCUUUCUUCAUGUACUUCAGUCUAUCCAGCCAUAGAUCGGUAGGAGGUGCACGCAUUCAGAAUACCUACAUCAACCGAAUAAUUUCAUUCAAACAGGCAAAGCAUCGCGAAAAGAAGUAGCAAUUAAAAGAAAUGAUCCCAUAAAAAAAUGUGACCUUUUAACAGGUACCCAAGUGCUUAUUUAAAUACAUAAAUAAAAAUAAGAAUAAAAUG